AAUCUCCUUUCAUCAACAGAAAAAAAUGAGAGGAGUUUUAAAGAAAAUGACAAAUGAGGAUAUGUUUUCAGUUUUUUAGGCCCAUGUAAAUUAUCUACGUGGAAAAUUGUUGUUUAUGUGUGAUUCAGACUCUUUUCAUCCCAUUUUCCCCCACAAAUAGAUCAACAGAAAGUGGAUCAAAGGAGCUGAAAGAAUGCAGAACCACAUGGAGAGUGGAUGUAGCUACCUAACUGUUUUUGACUGUGGGACAUGAAAAUCUAAAUUGUUACCUGAUCCUUUCCCCUUUCUCCUCCAUUGCUUGUGACUCCUGAUGGGGGAGAUCUGAAGGCGACCGUUUGGGUCUGAUGUGGUGCAGAUCUUCCACAGUUGUGGGUCUGAAGUGAUCACUCCUGCUGCUUUGCUUUCUCACAAACUGGAAAAAAAGAAAUCUUUGACACACAUUCUCCCUUACACAGAUGUGUACAAACGGCUUCAUUUAGUUUUUAUUUUACUCCUUCACAGGCCAUGUGUGUACCAGCUGUCCCUUUAUAGAGCACACACAUUUAGCCGGGUUCCUCAAUGAGAUCACUGGGAGCAGAACUGGAAUUAAAACCCCAGAAAACCACUUGAAAUCCUUUAAUUUCCUUCCUAAGUGUAAUUAAAGUUGCUCUAAAUGAUUCUGUCUGAACCGUUUUUGCUCUUUCUAGGUUUCUGCUCUCAGGUGGGGAGAAAAAGCAAAAUCCACCAAUGUGGUGUUGAUUACUAACAGCAAUGAGCCCAAAAGAUAGACGAAGGGAAGGAGACGGGACGGUGGAGGAGUGCCUUUCCAUACAAGGAGAUGUGGGGCAAAAAAAAAAAAAAUGGGAGGAGAAAGCAAAAGACACAGAGAGGGAGAGCAAGGUAACAUGAGGAGAAUCAGGGAGGAGAGAAAUUUGGAAACGAUAGAGUGGGGUAGUCUGAUAAGGCUGCAGCAGUGAGACCAGAGGGGAAGAGGGGACGGGAGCUGUAUCCUCCUCACGCUGCUGCUUCUCUGUCACCGGCUCAGCGAUCCUACACAGAUGAUGUCAUCAGACCGGCAGACCUGCGGUUGGCGGCGGCAGCUGCUCAUUGUGCUCGUCAGGCUUUGUCUGGCUCUCGCUGGGCCUUUGCGACCACUCAACGGGACAGAGUGCACAGCCAGGAGUCCUGCUUCCUACAUUUUGGUCUUUUCAGGUCACUGGAGCCCCCAGUCCUUCCCAAAGCAGUAUCCACUGUUCCGGCCCCCAGCGCAGUGGUCCAAACUCAUAGCGGUCAGCCACAAUCACCAUUUCAGGCUAUGGGAGGAGGGCGCAGCAGCCAGUCUGGGGGUGCAGAAGUUUGCUGAACUCGGGGUGACAGUGGAGUUGAUGAAGGCGGGAAAAGAGGCCAGGAAGAAGCGCACGGUCGGCGCCAUGCAGCGAACGGCGGGCAUUCCCAACGGCAUCGGGCACAGCUCCACGGAGAUGUUCAUGCAGCCGCGGAGCUCGCUGCUGUCCCUGAUGGUGAAGAUGAUCCCCAGUCCUGACUGGUUUGUUGGUGUGAGCAGUCUGAACCUCUGUGAGGGUAACCACUGGAAACAGGAAGUGACGGUCAACCUCCAACCUUACGAUGCGGGGACCAACAGUGGCUUCACUUUUUCCUCCCCCAAAUUCCCCACCAGCCCGCCAGAAAACAUCUCAAAGAUCACAUCUCAGGUGCCAAACCAUCCGGCCAACUCCUUCUACUACCCCCGCCUGAAGGAGCUGCCCCCCAUUGCCAGCUUGAAACUCACACGGCAGCACCGAUCGUCCAACCGCCAAACCGUGCUGUCCAACCACAUUCUGCCAAACUCCAUCAGUCCUCGCCAUUUCUCAGAGACACCUCUGGAUUGUGAAGUCUCUCUUUGGUCCUCCUGGGGUCUGUGUCUGGGUCCCUGCUCCAGGGGCGGCAUUCGCCACCGCACGCGUUACAUCCUCCUGCGGCCAGCCAAUGCCGGAAUUCCCUGCCCUGAGCUGGAAGAGCAGGCGGAAUGUGUCCCACACAGCUGUAUGAAGAAUCGUCAGUAACCCACACAGCUGGAGCCACGCUCGACGCUCUGACUCUCAUGUUUUCCGUGCUGGAGCAGAGGACUGUUUCACUGUUGCUACAGGAAGCUAUCGAAGGUUCAAACCUGCAGUGUUGAUGGUCAAACUCUGGAUGUACUUCAUUGACAGAAAGGAGAAAAUAAAGAUGGUUUUGGAUGGCAUACAGGGUCUUGGGAAUAACUUCAAAGUAAUAAGGAAUCACAGAAUUGUCAUAAAUAUCAGAGAAGGUGCAAAAUAAAUAUAAAACAGAAUGCUUUCAGCUCUGUUGUAAACUGACAGUUAAGAGAAAGAAAAAAAAUCUACUUUUCAAUUUUUUUUUUUUUUUUUUUUUAACUGAUGACGUUUUCAUUCAGAUUGUAGACCAGUACUGGCUUAAGCUUGUAAUAAAAUCUUACUUAUGAAGGGCAUGUCUGCACAGAAAUCUCCACACUGAGGUCCUUGCACAUAUUGCAUACAUUUGCAGGCACACAAGUGUUGGGUUACAAGGAUAACCUAAAUACUUGUGGCUUGUGAAGCGCCUUCAAUAAAAUCUGUCCACUAAAUCAACAAACCGGAAAUAUGGAGCACGAAAUGGGGACGACCAACUUUAGAAAAGAAUAAAAGUUAAAAAAAAA